CCAACCAAGCACACAUUUUUGCAUCAUAUUCAUUACACCAAAGUUGACCGAUUGAAACCAACCAUGGCUCUCUGCACCCCUUCCUUCAUCUUCCUCAGCUUCUUCUUGUUCCUCUUCAAUCUUCAACCCUCACUCUCCCAACAACAACAACAACUCACAUCCUUCAACAUCUCACACUCCCCAUGGCACCCAUCACAAAACAGAACCCUUCUCUCUCCCAACAAAAACUUCACUGCAGGGUUCUUCCCUCUUCCCAACUCCCCCAACCUCUUCACCUUCUCCAUUUGGUACUCCAAAGUCCCUAUAACUGCAAACCCCCUUGUGUGGAGCUCCAAAACCCAAGUCAACACUUCUGGGUCCCUUGUAAUAACCCCAAAAGGUGAACUUUUUCUCGAUGGUUCACCUUUUCAAGAUGCUUCCAAUGCUUCCUCCACCUCCAAUUCCACCCAACUUGUUCUCCAAAACGACGGCAACUUGGUCUUUGGGAACUGGACCAGCUUCAAGAACCCCACCAACACGGUUUUGCCCAACCAGAACUUCAGCACUGGGAUUGAGCUUCACUCCAGCAAUGGGAAAUACAGGUUCAUCAAGUCUCAGUUUUUGGUUCUCAAUUCCACCAAUGAUCAAUACUACAGCACCCCAAGCCCCUUGCUGAGCAUGGAUGAUGCAGGGAAAAUGACCAUGGCGGUUAACUCUUUCCUCACUUCAGACUAUGGUGACCCCAGGUUCAGGAAACUGGUCCUAGGUGAUGAUGGGAAUCUCAGGAUCUACAGCUUCUACCCUGAGCCGCAGAAUCAGUGGGUUGAGGUUUGGAAAGGGAUAUGGGAGAUGUGCAAAAUCAUAGGUAGAUGUGGGCCUAAUGCCAUUUGUGUGCCAACUGAGGAUUUGAACAUUUCCACUUACUGUGUUUGCCCAUCUGGGUUUAGCCCAAACCCAGGUGGGCCUGAAGAGGGUUGCAAAAGGAAAGCCCCUCUUUCCCAACACACCCAUUUUGUGAGACUAGAUUAUGUGAACUACACCAGUGAUGGCAGCGUGAACCAAAUCAAUGCUGAGAACUUCACAAUCUGUGAGUCCAGAUGCUCAACAGACAAAACCUGCCUUGGAUUUGGCUUCAAAUAUGAUGGAUCUGGCUUCUGUGUAUUGCUCAAAGGGACAGAGCUUAGAUAUGGGUACUGGUCACCAGGCACCGAGGCUGCCUUGUUUUUGAAGGUUGACCAAUCUGAGUCAGCAUCCUCCAACUUCAUUGGCAUGACUGAGGUGAUGCAAACCACAUGCCCUGUGAACAUAAGCCUUCCACUCCCUCCAAAGGACUCAAACACCACUGCGAGGAACAUUGCCAUAAUCUGCACCCUUUUUGCUGCAGAACUCAUAGUUGGGGUUGCCUUCUUCUGGUCCUUCCUCAAGAGGUACAUCAAGUAUAGGGACAUGGCCACCACACUGGGCCUUGAGCUUCUUCUCCCUGCUGGGGGCCCAAAGAGGUUCACCUACUCAGAAAUCAAGGCUGCCACCAAUGACUUCUCCAACCUCAUAGGUAAAGGAGGCUUUGGAGAUGUCUACAAAGGGGAGUUACCAGACCACAGGGUGGUGGCAGUGAAGUGCCUCAAGAAUGUCGCAGGAGGAGAGGAGUUUUGGGCUGAAGUCAGAAUCAUUGCCAGAAUGCACCACCUCAACUUGGUCAGGCUCUGGGGCUUCUGUGCUGAAAAAGGCCAAAGGAUACUUGUGUAUGAACACAUCCCUGGUGGCUCAUUGGACAAGUAUCUCUUCAGGAUCAAGUCUCAUCUUCCCAAAGACCAAUCAAGUCCUCAACCAAGGCCUGUUUUGGAUUGGAGCAUGAGGUACAGAAUUGCCCUUGGUGUGGCAAGGGCUAUUGCAUAUCUACACGAGGAGUGUUUGGAGUGGGUUUUGCACUGUGACAUAAAGCCUGAGAACAUUUUACUUGGGGAUGAUUUUUGUCCUAAGAUUUCAGAUUUUGGGUUGGCCAAGUUAAGGAAAAAAGAGGACAUGGUGACCAUGUCAAGGAGGAGGGGCACUCCAGGGUACAUGGCACCAGAAUGGAUCACUGCUGACCCAAUUACUGCCAAGGCUGAUGUAUAUAGCUUUGGGAUGGUGCUGUUGGAGCUUGUGAGUGGGAUCAGGAACUUUGAGAUCCAAGACUCUGUGGUUAGAAGCGAAGAGUGGUACUUCCCUGGUUGGGCUUUUGAUAAGAUGUUUAAGGAGAUGAGAGUGGAGGAGAUUCUGGAUGGCCAGAUUAGGGAGGCUUAUGACAGUAGGGCCCACUUUGAUAUGGUUAAUAGGAUGGUCAAGACUGCCAUGUGGUGCCUACAGGAUAGGCCCGAGUUGAGGCCCACUAUGGGGAAGGUGGCCAAGAUGUUGGAAGGGACUGUGGAGAUCACUGAGCCCAAGAAGCCCACUGUUUUCUUCCUUGGGGAAGAGUAGUAACGUUUUUUUUUACUUUGUGUAGCCUCUCUUGUUUCAGGCUUGCUUGCUUAUGAGAAUAUGACUCUCUUUUUAUUUCUUGUACUGGCAUAUAUGGCAGCAUGUAUGCUCAAUAGUUGAACAAUAUCAAAUCAAUUGGGUGAUCAAGUGUAUAAAUAUUACUCUUAUUUUUCUUUUCAUUAUGGUGUAUUCUGUUCAAGAUCAGUCUCUACGAAUGAGUAACAAAUUUUAGCCAAA